CAAACAGAAGCGUCAGUGAAAAUAAGAUUAGUAAGAAAAUGCCGCUUCCAGCAGCUCUGCUUGCUAGAUUGAAAAAGAGGGGAAUUAUAGAUGCACAACAAGAGAAGUCAAGUGAAGAAAUAGAGGAAGUGUUUGCUGAGGAUUACGAUGAUCCGAUCAAAGAAAACGCAACUCCUGUCACCACAGAGCAAGGAAUGGAGACCGGGGAUAGUCAGGUCAAACCAUUGGUACACGAAGUCUCCGCCUGCCCUAACAGGUUUAACAGAUAUCACACCUGUGUAGAGUACUGCUUGAAGAGGUGGGGGAGUCAGAAGUUUGAGCCUCCCCCCACAAUGCUGAAGAAGAGAGACAGGAUGUUGAAGCGGUACCCUCUUCCCGAGGGCUGGGAGGAGGUGGCUGACCCUCUAACGAAUCGUUACUAUUAUUGGAACACCAUCACAGACCAGGUUUGCUGGCUGUCCCCUAUACACCCCCGGGCCAACAUCACAGUGUCUGCCCAGAGAAUUCAAGAUCUCUUUGGUGACCAGGCUCUGACAGCCAGGGAGGGAAGUGAUGAAGAGAUGGAAACAAAUGCAUCUGAAGAAAGUGAUGGGAGUUCCUCAUCCUCCUCAAGCUCUUCUGACUCAGAGGAUGAAUACGAGAAACGUCGUAGAGAUAGAGGGCGCCGUCAGCCCGACAACAGGCAGAGACGAGGGAGGCGGCAGAAGGAGGAGCUGGACCCCAUGGAUCCCGCAGCGUACUCUGAAGUACCAAGGGGUACCUGGUCCACAGGGCUUGUGUCACGUGGGGAGGCAAAAACCGGAGCCGACACCACUGCCUCAGGGCCUCUGUUUCAGCAGCGUCCUUACCCCAGCCCUGGGGAAAUCCUGCGCCGAAACCGAGAUCAGACCUAGCCAGCCUCAGCAGUGUUUUAUAUGUAUUCCAUUCAGUAUCAUUGUUGACUUUGUCUUUGAAAUUUCAUGAAGCAAUUUGUUAUUUUCCAUAUUUUUAGGUAAAAGAAUGAUAAAGUUUGAUAUAUGCCAUGACUGUU